UAAGGGAUGAUAAGCUAUCUCGAAUUGAAGCAUCCUCUUCACUACUCUAUUUCUAAUCAGUGUAACUGAGAGGUAACCAACGAGAGAGAUAUAAUCAGUAAUUGAGUUGUUGCACUCAAGGCUCUAUUGUUUCUCCACAUUUCUUUUUGUCUUAAUUAAUUAAAGUAUUUUUGCUUGUGCUUUUAACUAUGGUUAAGGAUUAUUAAUUGGCGUCAAUUAAUAGGAAAAGCAACAUGUCCAGCAUCUCGUCAAGUAAACAGUUCAAACAGGACAUCAACUUAUUAUUUAAUAAACUACAUUCAAUAAUAUCUGAACUGGAGGCCAAGAUAGUUGAAAGAGACGAGUCUCUGAGAGAGGAAGUAAAACAAGAUUUGAUAAUUAUUCAGCGUGCCUCGUGCAAUAUUGAUGCCACUCUAACAACCCAACCAGGAUUCACAACUAAUCAAAUAGAUCAACCAAUCAAUUUGAUAACCAAAUCUACAGUUGACAGUGGUAACACAAUUAAUAGGAACACAUCACCAAACUCAAUCAUCAAAAACACAUCACCCAUAAGCCAAAGCGUAAUCACCACAGCAAGAAGUGGAACCAGCUGCGACAACAGCAGUUCAAGACAAGACUUUGAAGCUGAAAAUGAGCCUUUAAAGAAUAUGGAAAAUUCUUCAUCGAGCAACAAUCAAAUUUCAGCGCAAAAUUUACAUUCAACAUCACUUUCAUCAGCAUUAUCCUUAUCAUUGUCAUCAGCAUUAUCACCAUCUUCCUCUUCGUCUUCCCUAAAUAACCGAGUCAAAGAAAACCGAUGUCCAAUGUGUGCUCAAAGAUUUACGCAGCUCAAUUCACUCAAGAGGCACAUCAGAUCACAUACCGGUGAAAGACCGUUUCCCUGUGGAUAUUGUGAGAAACGCUUUGUAGACAGGGAAAGAUUAAAGGUUCAUGUAAGGAUUCACACGGGCGAAAAGCCAUUCAGUUGUAAUCUGUGCAGUCGUCGGUUCAGUCAAAAGUCAACCGUUAAAAGACACAUGUCAGUCCAUACAGGACUUAAACCAUUCCAGUGUGGAUCAUGUUCAAAGAGAUUUGGAACUCGGGAUAACCUGAGAGUUCACGAGAAAAGCCAUUUUCAAGUUGAUUAACAUUAGAAUCAAUCCAUUUGAUAAACUCUGGAAUAAUAUGAUAUUCCUUUGGUGGUCCUUUCAUUGGCUCAACUAUUCACAGGAAGAAGAUAGUAAAAUGAGUAAAACUAAAGCAAAGCAUAAAAUUAUAUUAUUUUAUUUACUUGCUAUUUAUUGGCCUCUUCAAUGUUACCAUGAAUUUGAAGCAAUCAAUUUACUAAUUUGCAAAAGUCACUUCAUCAUAAUUCUCGUAACUGCUAAUUCAUCAAAAUUACCAUUCAGGUAAAACUUACUUGAACAUCUUGAAUAUCAUUAAAUAACUUUCCUUUAAUGUAAUUUGAUACAUUUUAUAUCAUGAAUUUCAAAUUAAAGUGCAAUUGAAAAUGCCACUCAAUGAAACACUGAAUUGUUUCAGUUGAAAUUUGUCAACAAAAGACAAAAGUUGAUUAAAAAAAUACAUUUCCAAAUGAACAAAAUAUCAA